UAGGUUAUUAAUCAAUGCAUUGAAACUGGUGCUUUGGCUUGUCUCUGCGCAGUUACGGUAGGAACUAAAAUCAUAACUAUGGCUUUUCAGCGGCGGGAAGCUCGGCGGACCGUCUUGUAUUAAUCGCUUCAGGAGGGCAAAACACUGCAGACGUCUCACACGGAACCAAAUGCGAGGGGAGACGCUGUUCCUCGGGAUGGAUCGAAAUUGCGGGAUUUUUUUUAAGUUUAUUUCAAAGCACACUUUAAAAGAGACCUCUAGCGGUAACCAGAGUGUGGCCGUUUCUGAUCUGGUGUCGCAAGAAAAACAUUCCCCAUCUCCUCUCAGCCGAAUAACGUUUUUCGCUAACGGAGGUGGUGGAGAAAGGACGUGCUGGUCGUAGGUAAGAAAGAAUCCCUAGACAGACGAGGGGCACGGAGAGAACGGAAAGUGAAACAGCUUCAGGAGCAAGAUGACCAGGAAGGCCGAGCUCCAGUCGUACUGCUGCUCACCCCUGGACAGCUGCUGAUUUCAUUCUGGGAGCAUUUGUUGUCUCAAAAAUCAGCUGUUCUUCUGCCUGAAAAAGACAGAUAAAGACGUAACGAGAUGGGGCCUGAUGUUGGGACGGAUCUCGUUGAGUUUUUUGCCUCGCUGUUAGAUCUGCACAGGCAGCAGCUUCGAGCCCUCACCAGGCAGGGAGACAUCCAGGCAGCAGUGCUGGCCAAGCUGCUGAACUACAGGAAAGCCAGCCCCUCCCAGACCUGGGGAGAGCUGCGAAUGCCGCAGAUGGCUCCGGGCGCCGACCCGGAGUCCUACAUCACGGUCUUCGAGCACACCGCCACCAGCAGCCGGCUGCCCAGGGAGCAGUGGGCUGGGCGGCUCAGGGGCCUGUUGAGCGAAGAGGCUCGUGCGGCCUGCCCAGCCCCCAGCUCCCGGGAGGAGCCGGCGGACUACGAGGCGCUGAAGGCCAGGGUCUUGAACCUGUCCGCGGCCGAGGAAGACGGCCAUCGCCUCCAGUUCCGCUCGCUCCGCUGUCCCCCCGGCGGGAGCCCCCGGGCCGUGGCCAAGCAGCUGUACGAGGCCGCGGAGCGCUGGCUAAAGCCCGAGAGGAGGUCCAGCACGCAGGUGCUCCACCGGAUCGUUAUCGAGCAGUUUGUGUCCGUCCUCCCUGACGACACCGCCGCCUGGGUCCGGAGACACUGUCCUACUAACCUCGACAGGGCGAUCCGGCUCGCCGAAGACCACCGCGCUGUCCCCGGACCCGCUGCCGGGCGGAAAGGACCGGACCCCCUCCCAAGCCAAACCAGCGGCUCAGGUCAAGGCCCAGCAGCUGCCGGUCUCUCCGGUUCCCAGCAAACCCCAGGAGAAGCAACACAGGACAGGAGUUCACAUUUCCCAACCCAGGAGCACCCCUCUCCUCCACAGAAAGUACACCUUCACAGAGGUUCUGACUAUAAUGGAAGUCAAGGCUCCAAGACCAAGUCCUUCCCCGUCAAGCGUGAAGAUGUUUCUCUGGAUUGUGAAAACGUUAAACUGGAGGUCUAUGAGUUACCAUCUGUUUCCUUUGAAGUGGAGCUGCCCGCUGUCAGUUCUGUUAACAGCACACAACCGGUGCGUGCUCAACAUUCUGCCGGCUGUCACCGCAGGCUCUCGAAAAUGCAUUGUCAGCCUGGUGAACGGGUUUGUCUUUUUGUUCAACGUGAGCCGCCCAGAUCGCAAACUGUCCACCGCAGCCAAGAAGCAAUUCAACUAGAGCAUGUCCACAACGUACAGAAGCCACCGGAGUUACAGUCGUCAGUGGACAGCAGAGAAAAUGGAGAUAAUCCCCAUCCUGACCGCACUAAUCCUGAGGCACCUGAAGGGAGGACUGCAGAAAUAAGCCCUAUUUGGAGGGUAAGUGAGAACACUGCACCUCAUGAGAAGGCUGAUGAAGACCUACCCGUUAGCGUUGAAGAGCCAGAGGAGCAGUCGUCACACCCUCAAGAUCAGGAGGAACAGGUCUUGGCUGAUGAGGAAAUGACCUGUUUGCCAGACCCAUCUCCGCACUCUUUACCUCCUGCCUGUACCUCUGAGACAGAAGCAGGCCCUAGUUUAGGUGGUCCCAGCAGCCCCGAUCCCAAAAGGAAAGGGACCGAGGACAGUGGGAGAAGUGGGAGAAAAUUCCGCACCCAGCACGUGAAGAUUCCCGUGGCCGACAAGCUGCAUCAGUGCUCCUACUGCAGGCGGACGUUCGUGACCCACCCGGACCUUCUGCUCCACCAGAAGUCUCACAGUGGGAAGAAGCCAUAUGUGUGCCCCAAGUGUAGCAGCAAAUUCAGUAAGCCGCACCAUCUCAAGAGACACCUGCGGAUCCACAGUGGGGAAAAGCCCUACCGCUGCGGGGACUGUGGGAAAAGUUUCAGAGAGCUGGACACCCUGAAAAGGCACCAGCACAUUCACACCGGAGCCAAGCUGUGGCAGUGCGAGGACUGCAAGAAGUGCUUCAGCCAGAUUUGGAGCCUGAAAGAGCACCAGAAAAUUCACACGGGCGAGAAACCAUUUAGGUGCACAGAAUGUGGGAAGAGGUUCCGGCACAAAAGUGCCCUGAUAAAGCAUCAUCGAACCCACACAGGGGAGAGACCGUAUGUGUGUGGGACAUGCAGGAAGGGUUUCGGUCAAUUGGAUACUCUCAAAAGGCACCAGGUUGUCCACAUGAAACAGAAGCCAAACGAGACAAGAGCUAGAAAAUAAUCAAAAUUUCCCUCUUCUGGGAUAUGACCUCUAUUACAAAUUAGCUGCCAAAUUACCUACAGAAUAUCAUACACACAUUUGGAAAGUACACCAGAACUGGAAUACACUUACACUGGUGGACAAUGGUGUUAUUCAUCACAUGCGCUGGAUCUACUGUAAUCUGGUGGUCUCAUUUCACAAUGUGGACUUGUGGUGUACUUUACACGUGGAGGGUUAUUUUUGUUAGCAGACGCCCAAUGUGACGUGUUAGAUGGGGAUUGUGUUCAGUGACCGUUUUAGUGUUUGGUUUCCAUCUUAAUAAAAUUGAUGUUAUUGUCAGUAUUUGGGGAUCUUGCAACGUGUAUUGUUUGUAUCCAGUGGAUGUGUAAUACUUCCAUGGAAGAUCAAGAAAAAGAGAAUGAAAUGUUUUGUGAAGCCCAACUCUGAUUUACUGACUUUUUGGGUUGGAAUGGGCCAUCGCUGAUUAUUUUGGUUACCUCCUCUGCUGCUGAUUGCAUCUCCAUUUGUCUCACUUCUAAAAACAUCAGCAGUGUAGGUAGAGGGGUUGGUAUGUGGCUUCCUCAGAACAAGUAUCACUAAAAUUGACAUGUUCUGUGAACAUGUCCAGCUCUUUCUGUCCAGGGCUGUAAAACACUGCCUCAAGCAAAACAAACAGUUGUGAGAACAAGUUUGUGAACCCUUUGGAAAUAUCUGGAUUUCUGCAGG